AUGAAGGACUGUGAAGGAACAUUAUCAAACUUUAGAUCGGGGUUGUUUCUUCUGGUUCCAGUUAUUAUACUGCUGGAUGCCACAAAUACAUGGAAUGAUGUCUGGGUUGAGAGAGGUGAACGCAAAUGGUGCAUACCGUUACUUGUUGUAUUUGUGUGCUAUAUAACAACACUUACAAUAUCAGGACUAAUGUUCGCUUGGUUCAACCCCUCAGGCCAUGACUGCAAUCUUAAUGUGUUCUUUAUUGUCAUGACCAUCAUUCUCGCAUUUGGUUUUGUAAUUAUUACAUUGCAGGCUAAUGCAAGUCUUUUGCCAUCUUCGGUUAUUUCUGUGUACUGUUCGUAUGUGCUCUACACUGCUCUCUCAAGUGAGUCUCGAGAUUACGUGUGCAAUGGUCUCAACAACAGUUUAAAAGGAGUAACCACGCGUAAGCUAAUUCUUGGUAUGCUCACAACAGUUAUCUCUGUCUUGUACUGUGCUUGCCGGGCUGGAUCCUCGCUAAAGUCAGGUACCUUCAAGGCUUCAUCUAUAGACCCUUUAAUAGUAAUAUGA